AAAGCGAAAGGAGGCAGGCCACCGUACCCCACACCAUAACAGCACAAUCAAGUGCCCCACCACCCCACCAUCACCAAACUGUGAAGCAAAUCUCUUCCGGUCUUCCCCCAACCUCAUUUCCCCUUGCCCAAUUCCCCUUCCUCUUCCGCGGAAUUCGAAUCCACCAGCAAGGAGAGGGGCCGGGAAGCACCGCCGGCCGUCCGGCCGAAUCCUUUGCCCGCCCAGGCCAGCCUCUGUACCCGAAUCCGGCACGAUUCGGCUCGAUCUGCUCCGGGCCAUGGAGAUGGACAGCAUCGAGUGCGUGUCCUUCUCCCACGGCCUGGACGACCACGACGGCGACGACGAAGCCGUGUCCCGCCUCCCCCGCCCCCUCCUCAAGCCAUCCGCCGCUGCGGUGAACCUGGUCGUCGUUUCUGCCGGCGGCGCGGGCGGGGGAGGAGGGGCGGCCGCGGGCCCGCUCAUAACGCCGUCCACCAGCGUGCACGAGCUGCUCGAGUGCCCGGUCUGCACCAACUCCAUGUACCCGCCCAUCCACCAGUGCCAAAACGGUCAUACUAUUUGUUCAACCUGCAAAACCCGGGUGCACAAUCGCUGCCCGACAUGUCGACAAGAGCUCGGCGACAUCAGGUGUUUGGCAUUGGAAAAAGUCGCUGAAUCACUUGAGUUACCUUGCAAAUACUUCUCGCUUGGUUGCCCAGAGAUCUUCCCGUACUACAGCAAACUGAAGCAUGAAUCGCUGUGCAAUUUGAGGCCAUACAACUGUCCUUAUGCAGGAUCUGAAUGUUCUGUUGUUGGGGACAUUCCUUUCCUUGUCACACAUCUCAGAGAUGAUCAUAAAGUUGACAUGCAUUCAGGGUGCACAUUCAAUCACCGCUAUGUUAAAUCAAACCCCAGAGAGGUCGAAAAUGCAACUUGGAUGUUGACUGUCUUCCACUGUUUCGGUCAGUACUUUUGCUUGCACUUUGAGGCCUUUCAACUUGGAAUGGCACCAGUAUACAUGGCUUUCCUCCGAUUUAUGGGCGACGAAAAUGAUGCAAGGAGCUACACUUAUAGCCUUGAGGUUGGAGGAAAUGGCCGGAAGAUGAUAUGGGAGGGCAAUCCCCGCAGCAUCCGCGACAGCCAUAGGAAGGUUAGGGACAGCCAUGAUGGCCUUGUUAUCCAGCGGAACAUGGCUCUGUUCUUCUCAGGUGGAGAAAGGAAAGAGCUGAAACUGCGGGUCACUGGCCGCAUCUGGAGGGAACAGCAGAAUUCUGACACGGGUGCCUGCAUCCCAAAUCUUUUCAGCUGAACUGAAUAAUCAGCGAGAUGGAAAUGAUACAGGGUACAUCGAGUUAUCAGAUGCACGUGUGCCCUCGUUUUUUCUUUUUGUUAUUUGUGCUUGCCGUCUUUAUUGUUAUGCCAUGACGCCAUUGUGGCCUGCCUGUAAAUUAUUCAGGCUGAUCAUGGAAAAAGGAGUGGAGCUUGUAUGUUGUGACUAUUGCUCAUAAAUCACAUGAUAGUCAUAUUUGUCAA